ACUGAGUCUAACAGGAGUGAUGUUACAAGUGUGUCCAAGUUGUGCUAUGACAUCACUAAACAUACUGUGUCUAACAGGGGUGAUGUAACUAGUGUGUCCAAGUUGUGCUAUGACAUCACUAACCAUACUGAGUCUAACAGGAGUGAUGUUACUAGUGUGCCCAGGUUGUGCUAUGAUAUCACUAACCAUACUGAGUCUAACAGGAGUGAUGUUACUAGUGUGCCCAGGUUGUGCUAUGACAUCACUAACCAUACUGAGUCUAACAGGAGUGAUGUAACUAGUGUGCCCAGGUUGUGCUAUGACAUCACUAACCAUACUGAGUCUAACAGCAGUGAUGUUACUAGUGUGUCUAGGUUUUGCUAUGACAUCACUAACCAUACUGAGUUUAACAGGAGUGAUGUUACUAGUGUGUCUAGGUUUUGCUAUGACAUCACUAACCAUACCGAGUCUAACAGCAGUGAUGUUACUAGUGUGUCUAGGUUUUGCUAUGACAUCACUAACCAUACCGAGUCUAACAGCAGUGAUGUUACUAGUGUGUCCAGGUUGUGCUAUGACGUCACUAACCAUACUGAGUCUAACAGGAGUGAUGUUACUAGUGUGCCCAGGUUGUGCUAUGAUAUCACUAACCAUACUGAGUCUAACAGUAGUGAUGUAACUAGUGUGUCCAGGUUGUGCUAUGACAUUACUAACCAUACUGAGUCUAACAGCAGUGAUGUAAAUAGUGUGUCCAGGUUGUGCUAUGACAUUACUAACCAUACUGAGUCUAACAGCAGUGAUGUAAAUAGUGUGUCC